UAUCCUUUACAUUUCAGUUGUAGAUUUGUCUGCAUCUGUAUACUGUCCUCGUACGAGUAUUACAGCACUGUCGGCCGUGACGAAGUUCAGUUACCCAAUCAACUCAACACUCUCACAGCGGUUCCUCUAAGCUAUAUCGCUACAAUGGGUCUCCCGGAAACAAUUGAGACGCGACUGUUCAUCAAUGGCGAAUUCUCCGAAUCGUCAAAUGGCAAGACGUUCGACCUCACCAAUCCCGCGACAUUGAAACACGUUGCGAAAGUCCAUGAAGCUUCCGAAGAAGAUACAGAUCGGGCUGUAGCUGCCGCAAAAGCUGCUUUUCCUUCAUGGUCGGCUUUAUCGCCUGAGCAAAGAGGCGAAUAUUUCAAGAAGCUUGCAGCCCUUAUUCGCGAACACAAUGAUGAGCUGAGCGCUCUUGAAGCAGCUUCCAUGGGAAAGCCAGUUGCUACUUUUUUCGACGGUAUGGCAUCAGCGAGCACAUGGGAUAAUUACUCCAGGGCCGGCCGCAACGUUGGAGGCACGACUAGUGUCCAGACUCCAGGCUUUUUGAACAUGACUUUGCGCCAGCCUUAUGGUGUUGUUGCCGCCAUCCUGCCCUGGAAUGUGCCUCUUCUGUUUUUUGCGAAGAAGGUCUGUCCUGCCCUCAUUGUUGGAAACACGGUGGUUUUGAAGAGCAGUGAAAAGGCGCCAUUGACUUCUGCAUUUGUCGCAACACUGGUUCAGAAGGCCGGAUUCCCCCCGGGCGUUCUCAACAUCAUUACAGGUUUUGGUAAUGUGAGUGGAUCGAUCCUGAGCAGCCACAUGGAUGUGCGUGCUCUGUCUUUCACUGGAUCCGGCCGUACUGGGCGGUUGAUUCAAGCAGCAGCAGCGAAGUCGAAUUUGAAACAGGUGUAUCUUGAGCUUGGUGGCAAAUCGCCAUCCGUUAUCUUCGACGACGCCGACCUCGAGAAAGCCGCCAAGGAGACAUCCCACAGUGUACAAGGCAACAGUGGUCAGGUCUGCAUGAUGAAUUCGCGCAUAUACGUGCAAGAUACGGCCGCCGACAGAUACAUCGAGCUUUUCAAAGAGCACUUGAUAAAGGAUACUCGUAUUGGCGAUCCACUCAGCAAAGACACGAACCACGGUCCGCAGGCAGAUGAAGUGCAGCACAAGACUGUGUUGAAAUAUCUCGAUAUGGGCAAGCAGUCUGGCGAUGUUAUUCUCGGUGGUGGAGCUGUCUCCGACCGGGAAGGUUAUUACAUCCAACCAACCAUUUUCACAAACACGGCGGAAGAUGCCACGGUCAUGAAAGAGGAAAUCUUCGGCCCUGUGGUCAACAUCAACGUGUUCAAGACCGAAGAGGAAGUGCUGGCCAAGGCGAACAAUACCGAGUAUGGUCUGUAUGCGUCGGUUUGGACCAAGAACAUAGACCGGGCGAUGCGGUUCGCCAAAGGCUUUGAAGCUGGAAUGGUUGGUGUGAACUGUACGAGUCCACAAACCGCGCUCGACAUGCCCUUUGGGGGCUACAAAGCCAGCGGCACAGGUAGGGAGGGAGAACCCAACUACACGCUGGACAAUUUCCUGGAGACGAAGGCAGUUCUCAUCAAGCUGGAAUAA